GAAACUCUAUUCGGCCUGGUGAUUAGCCUGAAUGCAAUGCAAGCGAAUCCAGCCCAUCGAAUGCGCCGUCCUGCACGCCACGCGCCACACAGCAUAGCUCUACUCUAUUCUCUUUAAGCCCAUCUGACCUGCGGACGUCUUUCAGCCUCAGACCCGGAAGAGCCAUUUCAAGGACCAGUUUGCUGUCUCCUGACUCGGAUGAGCUCUUUAUUGUAUUUCUUCGUCCUAAUUGAGGCAGAGCCAUUUUGCAGCAGUCUUUCAACCCGGAUGAGCUCUUUACUCUGCAUGUUCACCAGUCCAACCAGACAUGUCGAUCAAGUCUAUGAGAUCACUCGACACCAUCCGCGACUAAUCAAAUAUCUACUCAAAUCUCCUUCAAUCCUUCAAGCAUCCAGCCAGCGUCACCUGUCUGUCAUUCAACUAUCCCAAUCCUACCUCAUCCAUCCAACCUGUUACAUUUCCGUGCCGUUUUCCGGAGCUCUUUACAUCAUCAUCAACACCCAAUUCACCCUCAAUCUCAAUCCAACAUCCUCAUCGUCAGUUUACACCUUCCACUAUCAUCAAAACACCUCAUUCAUUCACCUAUCCCAACCUACCUCAAUCAUCCAACCUAGUACAUCUCCGUAGCAUUUCCGCCGCUCUUUACAUCAUCACUACUAUCAAUCCAACAUCCUCAUCGUCAGUCUACAUCCUCUGUUAUCAAAACACCUCAUUCACACCAACCACCUCACAGCCCAUCCCCUUCAAAGCACUCC